CUUCAUUUUACAUGCUUAAUCGUUUACAUUUAAUCAAGCGGUAUGACUGGAUCAGGAAAAUCAACGACACAUCGACAUUUAAUCAAGGAACUACUUUAUUUAUCCACCCAUACACGCAAAGAAGAAAAAAUCCAAAAGCAAAUUAUAGGAGCCAAUACCAUAUUUGAAUCUUUUGGUAGUGCAUCCUGUCCACAAAACGAAGAUGCUUCCUGUCUAGGCCAAUUCCAAACACUUCAGUUUAGCGAGAGAGGGAGAAUCAUUGGGUGCUCAACAUUCAUCUUUCUACUUGAUAAGUAUAGAAUUUCUUCCAGACAUAUUCAACAAUACAACAUAUUUUAUCAAUUAUUAGCUGGAACUACACCUGAUGAAAAACAAGCACUUCAUAUCUCCCAUUCCAACUUCAAUUACUUGAAACACGUCAAUCAACGAAACGGACAACGUGAUUUAAUGGGUUUUAAUGAAAUUAAGGCCGUCUUGAAAAUGUGUGGAUUCAAAACAAAAACAGUAGCACAAAUGUGUCAAUUGUUGUCAGCCAUCCUUCAUUUGGGUAACGUGCAGUUUGUGGACGGAAACAAACAUCAUUUUGGUGGCGGUAACAGCAGCAGCAGCAACAGCAACAGCAAUAACCCUGAUGUUUCGAACCCCGCCACCGGUGGUGGUGGUACCGCUGCCUCGUCGCAAGAAUCCUGUCGCAUAAAAAACAAGGAGAUUUUGACUCUUGUUGCGGCUGCCUUGGGUGUAGCUACCUCCAAAUUAGAAACUACCUUGACUCAUAAAUCUAAAUUGAUUGGUAAUGAAUUUUGUACCGCAUUUUUGACCACGGAUACAGCUUCACAACAACGAGAUGCAUUGGCACAAACACUGUAUUCAGCACUUGUUUUAUGGAUCAUGAACGCAUUGAACCAAAAGUUGUCUGUGAAUAAUGAUAACAUAUCUAUGCGAUCUAUUAGCAUUUUAGAUACAACUGGUUUCCAGUUAAUGACAAACCGUUCAGCAGGUUCCUUUCACGACCUGUGUGUAAAUUACACUGGUGAGCAGUUACGGCACUACGUGUUUGAUCGCACUUUCAAUCCUGACUCACCCACUAACUUGGAGCGUCGACAAGAUGGUGUAUGGCCCCAAUUGGGCAUGAUUAGCAUUCCACCACCUUUAUCUCUUGCAUUCUAUCAUGGCACCAACAACAAUACAUUCGCACUUGUCCCAUUUAUGAAUCGAGAGUCCAAAAGAUUUGCCAGUUAUGCAUUGGAUGCGACCGACAGUAAUUUGCUCUCUGUUCUAUUUCAAAAAAAGAAAUCGACAAGUAAUAAUCCUAAUCACGACUACCGCGCCCUCAUUAACCCCUCCACUCCUUCUCACAGCUUUGCAAUUAGACACUAUGAUCACACCAAUAUUGAUUACUCUGUCGAUGGAUUCCUCGAGUCCAACCUGGAUUCUAUCUCGCCUGACUUUAUCCACUUGUUCAAGUAUAACUGUACCAACGCCUUUGUGCAUGACUUGUUCGACACCUCUGAAAAUUCUUUAGCGGGCUGGGUUACAGAGAUUCACCCUCGUGAUGAAAGAACAGUCAUUAAAGCGCAAUUACCUGCAUGGCCUAUCAACACGAAACCCGUCGUCCAAGAAGAAAAAAUCGAGCUAGAAGAAAAUACGACGGAGGAAGACAUCAUCAAGAAGAAACCUUCGUUUAGUUCGCUCAAGAAAUCAAAGCCUUCCUUGAUACAAACCGUACUGGAUCAAGUCGUCGUGGGUGUAGAUGCAUUAAAGGAGUUAUUGAACGGUAUGAGAAUAUCUGAAAUCAUACAUCUCUCUCCCAACGAUCAACAAAAGCCAGACGUUUUUGAUAUACCUCAUAUCUCUCAACAAUUGCAGGUUUUGAAAAUUACAGAGCUGGCUAAACAUGCUGUCAACUUUGAUGUCCUCUACUCGUACAGUCAACAUGAUUUUAUGGUACGUUAUAGACCAUUGAUGGAUGUGUAUCUGCCUUGCACCGAGAAUGAUGAACAGGGAGAGACCAAAAGUCGUAUUCUCGAAUGGAUCCAGGUUAUGCAAUGGUCUGAAAAGCAAGUUUGCUUUGGUCAGCAUGAUGUUUGGAUUGCUUUUGAUACUUGGCGAACCUUGGAAAAUCAAGUCAGAACCAUGGAAAAGGAGGCCAGACUCAGAGAGAAGGAACGAUUGGCGGCCAUUGAGGCUGAAAAAGAGGCAAUCCGACAAGCCGCCAUUGCCGCUGCACUUGAAGCUGAAGAAUAUGAGGCCGCGCAAAAAGCAGAGGCCGAAGCAGAGGCUGCUGCUCAAGCUGCUGAAAUUGCUGCCAUUGCCGCUGAUCGCUGGUCGAGUGAUAAAAAUCCGUUCGAUGAUGAUUGUCGAUCUGAUAUUUCCAACGAUGAUGACCGUACCGAGAUUGAAACUCAUUUCGAUAUCUCCGGUAAAAAAAGUGAAUGGGGCGAUGAUGAUGACAGCAAAGGUUUAUCAGAAGGAUUUGGGCCAAACUUGGAUAUGAGUAAAAUGAUGGAAGAUUAUAGUGUGCAUCCUGAAGAACAAGUAGAAGAAGUAAAUAUCACUCGUAUCCGUCAUUGGUGGUCUCGUUUUGUCUAUUUCGCAACCUGGUGGAUUCCUUCCGUCGCAUUAAAAUACGUUGGAAAAAUGAGCCGUGAAGAUGUUCAAAUGGCUUGGCGUGAAAAAGUCACCUUAUGUCUAUUAAUAUUCACAUUUUCUGCCAGUCUUAUCUUCUUUAUUGUGGGUUUAGGGCAAAUUAUAUGUCCUGGUACCAAAGACCUGUACUCUGCAGAAGACGUUACAAAUCAUCAAACUAUCAGUGAUUACUGGGUCACAGUUCGGGGUAAAGUAUACGACGUUAGUCAAUUUGUAGCCACCGAUCAUGGUACAACUGUCUAUAUGGCCGGUAAAUCAAAUCUGGAUCCUUUAGCAGGUCGUGAUUUAUCCUACACUUUCCCCCCACCACUAUCAUUUGCCUGUGCUGGUUUAGUGACAGAUCCUGCUGUUACUGUUACACCCAAUGAAACCAUCAUUUUAGGUCCAUUUGUUCAUUUUUCUGGCCCUCAGCAACCCGAAAAAAGUCUUGAAAAGUUACGAGAUCCAGAAUGGUUUACAAAGUAUUUUGGCCCCACCAUGAAUGGAUUUAAAAGAGGUGAUUUAGUGAUUCCUAUGAAACAGAUCAAGGAUGACUAUACAAGCUGGGGUAGACUCAUUGCUUCCAUUGAUGAGAAAGUGUACGAUUUAACAGACUAUAUGGCUUCAGCUCGUCGGUACCCUUCUGCAAGUAACGGGGUUCCCAACUAUCAUUAUCUUGACCAAAAAAUCGAGACUCUGUUUACAAAGUUUGGUGGUAAAGACGCUACAGCCGAGUGGAAGAAAUACAGUGCUACUAUGGAUGAAGCUACUCGCACCAGCAAUAAGGCAUGCUUAGAUAACGUAUUUUACAUUGGUCGUCUAGAUUAUCGAGAAUCUGUACGAUGUACGUUUGUAAAUUACUUGUUGUUGAGUUUUGCUGUCAUGAUGUCUUUGGUCAUUUUGGUGAAAUUUUUGGCUGCUUUGCAAUUCGGUAGUGCACCGACGCCUGAAGACCAUGACAAAUUUGUCAUUUGUCAAGUGCCUUGUUACACAGAAGAUGAAGAAUCGCUCAGAAAAACAAUCGAUUCCUUGACGGCUAUGACGUAUGAUGACAAACACAAGCUUUUAUUCUUGAUUGCCGAUGGUAUGAUUAUUGGAAGUGGUAAUGAUAGGCCUACACCUCGAAUUUUGCUGGACAUUUUGGGUCAUAAUGAAAACGACGAUCCUGAAGCACUCAUGUUUAAAUCCAUUGGUGAAGGCUCCAAACAACUGAAUUACGGCAAGGUCUAUUCUGGUGUUUAUCAGCAUGAGGGUCAUGUUGUACCUUAUGUGGUUGUUGUCAAGGUCGGUAAAUCCAGUGAAAGAGCCAAACCCGGUAACCGUGGUAAACGUGAUUCUCAAAUUAUUUGCAUGAAUUUCUUGAACAAGGUUCACUUUGACUCUGAAAUGUCACCUUUGGAAUUGGAGAUUUUUUAUCACAUCAAACAUAUUAUUGGUAUUGAUCCUGCGUUCUAUGAAUAUAUAUUGAUGGUCGAUUCGGAUACCGAGGUUUACCCAGAUGCACUCAACCGGCUUAUUUCUUGUAUGUUGCACGAUAGUCGUAUUAUUGGUCUUUGCGGUGAGACAGAAUUAGGUAAUGAAGAUCGAUCGUGGACCACUAUGAUUCAGGUAUACGAAUAUUACAUUUCUCAUCAUCUGGUGAAAUCAUUUGAGUCUUUGUUUGGUUCUGUUACUUGUUUACCUGGUUGUUUCUGUAUGUACCGUAUCCGUACCGCUAACAAACAUCAACCCUUGAUUGUAUCCCCCAAUGUUAUCCAUGCUUACUCGGACAAUCAAGUGGACACACUUCAUAAGAAGAAUUUACUUCACUUGGGCGAGGACCGUUACUUGACCACAUUGAUUAUGAAGAACUUCCCGGAAUACAAGAUGAUGUUCACACCUUAUGCUAAAUGUAGAACCGUGGCACCUGAUGAAUGGCGUGUGUUACUUUCUCAACGUCGACGAUGGAUUAAUUCGACCAUUCAUAAUUUACUUGAGCUGAUAUUAUUGCAGGAAUUGUGUGGGUUCUGCUGUCUCUCUAUGCGAUUUGUAGUUAUGACGGAUUUGAUUGGUACAAUCACUCUUCCUUCUUCCGUUAUUUACCUGAUUUAUUUGAUGUACGAGGUCUUUUCGGGCACAGGACCUGUCCCUACAAUUGCAUUGGGUAUGCUGGCUGGUGCAUAUGGCUUACAGUCAUUGAUCUUUAUUUUUAAACGCCAAUGGCAGCAUAUUGGUUGGAUGGCCAUUUAUAUCCUUGCGAUCCCGAUCUUUAGUUUCUUCAUUCCCAUUUAUGCGUUCUGGCAUUUCGAUGAUUUCUCGUGGGGAAAUACGCGUGUUGUGGUCGGUGAUAAAACAAAGCAAAUUAUCGUGACGGAUGACGAGAAGUUUGAUGAAAAGAUGAUCCCGCUCAAGAAAUGGGCCGUGUACGAGCAAGAGAUGUGGGAGACAAAGACACUAAGAUCCGAAGUGACCUCGACAAACAAGUCUGUUGCCUACUCUUAUGAUGACUCAAAAAAAGCAAGAUCUAUUGCUUCUUCAACUCACCGUCGUCAUCAUCAUCACCAUCGAUAUCAUCAUCAUGAACAAGCUUGCGACACGAAGACUUUGAGAAGUCAUUCGAGUGUAAUAACUAGUAAUACAAACUCCAACAACACAACUAGUAGUAAAUACCAGCUUUUACCUCCUUUAAUUACAAGCUUCUCAGAGGAAGAUACGUUAGGUCAGUUUUCAGUGGAUCUGUCAGCAGUAUUGAGACCAAAAACGGAUGAAAGUAGUCGAUCCACUGCAAAGACACCGGGUGGAUCCGAGUCAAGAACAGUCAUGUUACCUGAAGACGAUGAGAUUGAACGAGAAAUCCAUAGAAUUCUAAUCAGUUCCAACCUGAUGACACUUACAAAGAAGCAAGUACGAGAUCAGUUAUCACUGUUAUUUGGUGUUGAUUUGACGAUAAAGAAAGGCUUCAUUAAUACGUCGAUUGAGCGUCUAUUAGAAAAAGACACACAAUAGAACUAUCAUAGCUCUCCAUUAUUAUUAUUAUUUUAUUUAUUAUUCUUAUUAUUAUACCUACCCAUGUAUUCACUAUUAAAAAAAAAUC